UUUACACCUCAUGUCAAAAUUGACACCUUUUUUACAUUUUUAUCCUUACACGGUUUUUUAAACUUUUUUAACUUUUACAUUUUUCAAUUUUACUUUUCAAAAAGUUUAAUAAUUACAAUUUUACCUUUUCCCUUCUUCCUUACACACGUACACGCACGCCACCUCAUAAAUCCUUUCUUUUUUUUUUUUUUGAAUUUUUCAUUUACCUGAUUCUUCCACUCUUCAAACCGAGCUUCCCACGAUCACCAUUAUCAAGCCCUAACCAAUUUCUUCUUCCCACGAUCACCUUCUCCAAGCCCUCACCCACGUUUUCCUCAGCCUACAUUGUCAUCCUCCUCUAUAUUUUCUCUAUAUAAAUGGCAACCACUAGAAGUGGUUCGAAAUCACCAUCUCCGGCGAAGAAAGUUUCUAAAAAAUCGAAGAAGGCUCCAACUGUUACUUCCAAAGUCGAACCUAAGAUGGGGUUAAAAAAAAUUGCUAAAAAUUUAGUGGCUGAUGUUCCAGAGACAUCGGGCACUAAGAAAAGAGCCCCUCCUAUUAAAGUAGAUGCUCCUAAGACUAAGAGAGCAAAAAUUUCCAAGUCUGCACGCGAUGUUUCCUCAGAUUCUGAUUUUGAGGAUGAAGUGCAUGGUGAGGACCAAAAGCCCAAAGUUGAAUCAAAGGUCCAUGCUAGGACCUCAGUGAAGGUUGAAGGAUUUGACCUACCAAAGAAAAAUCCCCCUAAGGAAUGGGAUUAUAUUUAUGACCAGAAGAAUCUAUUCAUUGCUAAAGCCUUUUCCACUGCUACUUUCCAGGUGAUAGAGAACAUUAAGUCUUGUCUUUCAGAUGUACAGCUUGAAAUGUUUUCAAAAACCUGUUUUGGUCAUUUCCUUAACCUUCCCGAUUUUAAAGUUCAACCCCAAGUGUUUCAUGGGUUGUUGCUCCGGGAGGUUCAGCAACCUAAUGAUGCUGAGUUGUGGGUAAUGAUACGCGGUGUUAGGCUUAGGGUUAGCAUUGAGGAAUUUGCAUUGAUUACUGGGUUAGACUGUGAAGGUGACUGUAGUGUCUUAGAUUUUAAGCAAGAGGUUAAUAGUCUUUGUGAAAGAUAUUGGCCAACUUCGUCCUCUAUCACUAAGGAAUCUGUUAGGGAAUGUUUUACCACCAAGAGGUGGGGUGAUUCUGAUGAGGAUCUUUGUGAAGGUAAGCUUGAUAGUUGGGUUGAGGGGGUUAGGAAGGCAAGGAGUUCGGGAAAGAGGCCGAGUGUUUUUUACACUUUGAUUGGUUGUCCUCAUGUUCUUCAAGUUUGGUUCUACGAGUGUUGUAAGUACAUGAAAGAUAAGUUCGACACCGACUACAACUCUUACAAGAGUCUUCCUGUUCCCGAAGAGCCAACUGUUGCUCAGAGUGACAUUUCUGUCAAGCUUGAUGCCUUUUCUGAGAAAUUUCAUGGGUUGGAGAUGGCUUCAAUGCAGACACAGUUUUCUACUGUUUUUGCCGAUUCCUAUGCCAAGGAAAAAGGCAGUGACUCUUCCAAUGAUGAUGAUGGAGGUGGUGAUGAAGCUGAUUUUGAUUUAAAUGAAUCUGAAGAAACUGAUGAAAAUGAAGAAGAGAAUGUUAUGGGUGAUGAGGAAGGGGAGGGUAGUGAAGGUGAAGAGAAGGAUGGUCAAGCCGAUGAAGAUUCUGACUCAAAAGAAAAAAAUGAUAAUGGUAGUGAUGAUGAUGCCACUGAUAGUGAGGAGAAGAAUUUCGUUGAUUUCAAUGACGACCCUACUCAAAUAGAUGUUGAGGCUACUUGUUCAUCCGGGGUAAAAGCGGUUGAGCUUAUGAUGUCUUCAGAUGGAAUUGGUGGUGAUCCUUGUAAACAGAUUUCAGUUUCUGAAAAUGUUGAGGUUACGGAUCGUCGUCUUGUUUGUUUUGAGAUGGGUGCAACAGUCUCAAUGUUGAUUCUAACAUUGAACUUGAAGAUGACCCAAUUCCGUUGA